UAUCCCCACCACUGAUGACCUCCUUGCCUCCUCCUCGCCCCAGAUCAAGCAGCUGGUCCGGAUCCGAUGCAGGCUCUGGCACGCCAUGGCUCUGCUUCCGCCAUCGGCCGGAGGAACGCAGACGGAAUAUGCCGUCGCCAUCGCACAUUCUUCCUCCUCCGCUACUGGUCCUCUGCCCCUCCCCUCUUCUCCCCACGGGAUAGCCAAGGGCCCACCUUGUGCUCAGGGAUGGCAAAAAGAUGGAGGGGCCGCCGGCAGGUGUGGAUGAGGAGAUCCACCACAAACAACCUGAGGUUAUUCGCCUGUCCAUGCUGCUAUUACAGAGGCGGACGCCGUGGCCGCUGUUUCCUCUGCACACGCAUUGGCCAUCCCAGAAUGUGACCCUAUGCGUGGUGGUGGGGUAUGAUAUGAUCAAGGUCUCCGAGCAGCUCUGCAAAUCAGGAAUUUAUUAACUUAACGCUUCGUUGCAUUGCAGACUUGGAUAUCCCCAUUAAAAGGGAUACAUUCAUAGAGUUCCUGAGCGCAAUGAUGUGUCACCUACAGGAAGAAACUGUAGUCAAGAAGAACGUGAUCAUUUGAGAAGUAUGAUAAGGUACAUAACAUUCAGCCUGAAAUGGUGUUGGUGUUUCGCAAAAAGUAUGGCCACUUGAACCUGACUUUUUCUAUUGGAGAGCAGAUCAGUUCUGAUAACAGAAGAUCCACACUAAACAUAGCAUGUCCAUCAGAGGAGCAAAUGUUGUUUAUCACCGCAUCUCUUCACAUGUUGGCAAGCCUGAUAUCUAUGAAGGCACUAUACAAGGUGGUGGCGCCGUACCUGCUUGGUGCGAACAGGAGAAGAUGCAGGGGCUCCGCUUCUCGACCUCGUCGACAUCAUCGUGCCCCUCCACCGCUGGUUUUUUUACUCAGGCGGCACUACGGCUCUACUAUGGCAGGCCUGCUUGUGGCUCAGCUUGCAGCCUCAGUCGAUUUGCUCUGCGUCUCCAACCGUCCAAAGAUCCCAACCCUAUCAUCGUCUCCUACCACGAGCUCGGCAACGAGAUCGGACACGGCAAGUUCGGCUCCGUUCGGAUCUAUGCCGUUCAAGAGGUUCGUGCUGAUCGGGUGGGUGGCCCUGGUGAACUACGGCAAGGACUACGGCCGCCUCGUCGUCAUCGUCGACGUUGUUGACCAGAACAGGAACGUCGAGGACACGGUCCACCGCGAGGUCGAGAUCAUGCAACACCUCUCGGGCCACCCCGCCGUCGUCACGCUGAAGGCCGUCUGCGGUGGUUGCAAAUCGAAGCAGCUGAAAGGGACAAGGCGAUUGGGAGUCAGGGACUACAUAUCCCUCCUCUCCUUGAUUUUCUGUCCAAAAUAUAAGUGUGAUGAAGUUCAGCACUAUGGCUGCCAUUAUGUGUUAUGUAAUGGUUAAAGCUGACCAUUUUGUAGGAAGACGUAUGGGUUCUCGUCAAAUGCAAGCUGUACUACUGUGAAAAAG